UUCUUCAAUAGUAGGUUGUCAUACACAGCGAAAUAUAAAGAUCCACAUAGAUUACAAAAAUAUGUCAUGUAUCUUCGGGAUACUCAAUUUGACGUGGACGGACAAUGGAUGCUAAAGAACAACGCAUUAAAGAAAUUAGGCAAGCGAGGAGUCGAUCGUCUUAUUGAACGUAGCGGUGACCUUUACUGGGACAACGAGCACUUGCGACGAUUUAACGAGCUCAUCGAUGAUGGAAAUAACACACUGAGACGUGCGCUGUAUCAUCGAGAACCGUUGUCUGUCGUGUGUCACGGGGACUUCAAUAGGAACAAUUUGUUAUUUCAGUACGAUGAUUCUGGUCUUCCAGUCGACGUGCUGCUGUUCGACUUUGGUACUCCUCGUUACGGGUCGCCGGCUUUAGAUAUUUCGUUUUUCUUGUAUAUGAACACUACGAAAAAUAUGCGUGAAAGUCACUGGGAUGACUUAUUGAACGAAUACUGUGCCACUUUGGCGAAAUCCGUGCCUUCUGUCGUUUGCGUGCCGAACAGGGCUCAACUGGACUCUGAAAUGGCUGCUUGUGCUAUUUUUGGCUUUGCACAUGCAUCAUUUUUCUUACCCUGCCAGAUUGAUCCUAGUCCUAUAGAUUCGGAAUCGGAUGAAGAAAAAUCUAUUGAGUUGUUAUUACAAAGGGGUGGAGACAAAGGAACGGAUCUAGUGGCUGAUCUAGUUCAACACAUUGUCGAAAUGAGAUACACUAAUGUGUGACGUGGUUAUCGGUUUCUUAAAAAUUGAUCGGUACUAAUCAUGUAUAAACGAUAUGUUUAUUUUGGUUGGAACAGUAUUAUGUAAGUUCUAUGAGUAUUUUUUUCAUUAUUUAAAAAUUUCAAAUAAUAUUAUUAAUAUUUGUGUUGCAUUAUAUAUUUAGAUGUACACAAAACUUACAUAUUAUGCCAUCGAUUUAACUCUAUAGAAUUUAAACCAUUAUUUUAUUGCUUCGAAAAAAAGUAGACUGUUCAAUGCUUGUAAGAUUUUUAAACUUAAUCAUAAAAAUAUUUAACUAUUUUAUAUACGAUGUAAAAAUAAUUUUUUCAUCUUAAUUUAAUAAAUUUCAUUGUUACAUAUCAUACAUUAAGCGCUUUAUGUAUUGUGAACGAGUUCAAAUUUGAAAUUAUAAUUGUAUUAUUUACUGGUUAUAUUUUAUUUAAAUAUAGAUUUUAAAUUGUACACGUUGUAUAAACAACAUCGAUUUAAACACGAAGUAAACAUAAUAAUAUUGCUUACUAUAGAAUUA